GUCAAGCGCAAAGCUCCUCGUCACAUUCCACCGGAUUCAUUAGUCAUUAUCGUAGUUCACUGCUCUCUCCCCCCGGACAUAGCGAAGGUGCACCAGCUUCGUCUGGUACCAGCAGAUCAUGUUUCACUCGACUGCAGCGGCCGCGUACUCCGACAUGACAGCAGCUGCGGUGGCAACGGGUAAUUCGGGUUCCUAUCAUCAGACGGCCUCGGCAGCCGCAGCAGCAGCAGCCGCCGCCAACGCACCGGUAUACGUUCCAUCGAACCGCGCACUGAGCCACUCACAGUACGGUCAUGCGGCGAAUUUUCCGACGCAAAACGGUUGGCCAACGGAUGGAUUUGCCACGACCCAUACCCAGCUGCCGCCUCAGUUCUACGCGCAAAACGUGAUGAUGGGCUCCUGGCGCGCCUACGACCCAACCGGAUUCCAGCGAACGUCACCAUAUGACAGUGCAAUGGACUUCCAGUUCGGCGAGGGACGGGAGUGUGUCAAUUGUGGGGCCAUCUCAACACCACUCUGGCGUCGCGACGGCACCGGUCACUAUCUCUGCAAUGCAUGCGGGCUCUAUCAUAAGAUGAACGGUAUGAAUCGUCCCUUGAUAAAGCCAAGCAAGAGAUUGGUGAGUACUGCGACGCGUCGGUUGGGUCUAUGCUGUACUAAUUGUGGCACGCGUACGACGACGCUCUGGAGAAGAAACAACGACGGCGAACCGGUGUGCAAUGCCUGUGGGUUGUAUUUCAAACUGCACGGUGUCAACCGACCGCUGGCAAUGCGCAAGGAUGGCAUACAGACGCGGAAGCGGAAACCGAAGAAAGCGGGGUCCGGCGGAGCGACUGAUGUAAUGGCCCUGGUAGGCGGCAAAAAGGACGACAUGAACGAUGGAUCUCACCUGCAAACCGAUCGCAAUGGAAACUCCAAAAACCUAUCAGUUAGUCCGAAAACUCCGAAUCUGACAUCGCCUCCGCUGAGAUCUCUCCACAUUUCGCCACACCAUCAUCACCAUCACCAGUCGUAUAACCUUCCUUCAUCGCUAGCAUCAUCUCACCAUGUCACGUCGUUGAACCUCGGUGGUAAAUAUGAUCUCUCCUCGCUGUCCACAGCAGGAACGUUGGGUGGCGGUGGUGGUAAUGGCAACGGAACGGCUUCGUCAUCUCAACACCAAUCACACAACACUUCUCACCUCUAUGCAACUCCAACGUCCAAUACAAGUCACCAUUCAGCAGCAAACAGCUACAUGCAUAACACCGGCACCAGCAUAGGUUCUUCACCGUUUGGUCAGAUCAAAUCGGAAUCCAACCCGCUGGCUUCUUCGACUCCUACCUCGAUGGGUUCCAAUGGCUACGGUGACUACAUGAACAACUGCCUCCAGAGUGGAUACUUUGGAGGCACAUUUGGAUCAUUACACUCUCAUCACAGUCCCCAUUCCGGCAUGGGCGGAACGGUCAAUGGAGCCCUACCUCAUACACACCAUCACCACCAUCAUCACAGUACGGCUGCCGAUCUCGCUGGGUACCACCACCAGCAUAAUGUUAUACAAGCGGCCAAACUAAUGGCCUCAUCCUAGGCAUCACAGGCAGAGACGCUUCUGAUUCUAUACGAUCCGUAGUAGUACUUAAUCCAGUUAAGUUCCUCGCUUUUACUGCUUGCUUAAUUUUAGGUGAUAGCUUUGUGUAGAUAAUCGAUCCCACUAUUAGGCGAAAAGACUUACGGCAGAUAAAAUUUAUCUGAGCAAAAUUGUAUCGAUAAAUGACAGAUUGUAUAACGAUUGAUUAGAAACAUGUAAGGUAUCAUCC